CAAUCGUGGACUCGGUAGAGAAACGCAUUUCGUGUAGCUCAACGAAAAUUUACCACAAUGUCCGACGUCGAAGUUGAGGUCCCUAGUGUGCCCGUCGAUGGGGCGAUGGAUGUUAAUACCGCCCUCCAGGAGGUAUUGAAAAAAUCGCUCAUUGCGGACGGUCUAGUGCACGGUAUUCACGAGGCAUGCAAGGCGCUCGAUAAACGCCAGGCCGUACUGUGCAUUUUGGCCGAGAGCUGCGACGAGCCCCAAUACAAGAAGCUGGUUACGGCUCUCUGCAACGAGCAUCAGAUUCCGCUGAUCCGUGUCGAUUCCAACAAGAAGUUGGGCGAGUGGUCCGGCCUGUGCAAGAUUGACAAGGAAGGCAAGCCCCGAAAGAUUUGCGGUGCUUCCUGUGUUGUGCUGAAGGAUUUCGGCGAGGAAACCCCCGCUCUCGAUGUCAUUAAGGAGCACCUCCGGCAGACAAGCUAAACACACACACGUACAGAUUAUGAUUUAUUGUGAAGUGAAAGCUGGAAACACAUAAAUUGAGGUGUACCACAAAAAAUCUGAACGUACUAUAAUCAUUCUAAGUGUGCUGGAA